CGGAGCCGCAGGGAGGCCAGGCGUGGGGACGUAGCCAGCUGUUUCCUUGACUGUGCCUUCCGAAGACCAGUGUGUGAUUGAUGGAGGAACUCCAGGAAAGCAGCUCUAACUACUGCCGUUCCCAACAUCUUGGGUGCUGCUGCUGAGGAGGCCCGUGCCUCUCUGGCCCUCACCAUUGCCCUUGCCUCCCAAUGGCCUCUGCUGCCAGGCCAGAGGCCAGCACUGCUGCCUGAGCCCGCUGCCCCUCUCCAGGACUUGCCGUUCCCUGAUGGGGUAACGUGACAGACGCCCCGGAUCACAGGCUGCCUGUCCACCACGGCCCAGGGCUGCCAGAGUUGGUUGAGUUCAAGUUCAUUUUCUGUUUGGUCCUGAGUGCUGGGUCCAGACCAAAGGGGACUCUCCUCUACCCACCCAUGCAGAGAGGGUGUCCCGGGCGACGGCCCCAUAGAGGACAGUGUUCUGCGGCCAGAGUCACCAACUUGAAGUUCUCUUUGCUCAGUUUUUUUGGUUGUUGUUAUUUUUAUUUUUGCCUCUUUGUAACUACUCCACUCUGAGAGACAGGACUUUGGAGCUGCCCAUCUUACCAGGGGAGGGGGUUUUCUUUCUUUUCCUUUUCUUUUUUAGAAUCGGGUUUUGUUUUGGAAUUAUCAACCACCAGGCAGCUUUCCUCUCCUCCUCCCAAGUAUUUGCACAAUAUUUGUGCGGGGUGUGGGGACGAGGUUUUAAGAAGGUCUUUUCUUUUCUUUUUUUUUUUUUGGACAAGCACGGGGGUCUCACUGGACUUGGUGUGGGGGGUUGGGGGACCCCCCGUGCAGCCCUUGCUGGCUGGUCCUCUCUGGGUUCCCGGAGGAGGCAUGGCUCGCAUGAACCGGCCCGCGCCUGUGGAGGUGAGCUACCGAAACAUGCGCUUCCUCAUCACACACAACCCCAGCAAUGCCACCCUCAGCACUUUCAUCGAGGACCUGAAGAAGUAUGGGGCUACCACCGUGGUGCGUGUGUGUGAAGUGACCUACGAUAAGACCCCUCUGGAGAAGGACGGCAUCACUGUUGUGGAUUGGCCCUUUGAUGACGGGGCGCCCCCUCCUGGCAAGGUGGUAGAGGACUGGCUGAGCCUACUGAAGGCCAAGUUCUACAAUGACCCGGGCAGCUGCGUGGCUGUGCACUGUGUGGCAGGUCUGGGAAGGGCUCCAGUGCUCGUGGCUCUUGCCCUUAUCGAGAGCGGGAUGAAGUAUGAGGAUGCCAUCCAGUUCAUCCGACAGAAGCGCCGUGGGGCCAUCAACAGCAAGCAGCUCACCUACCUGGAGAAGUAUCGGCCUAAGCAGAGACUGCGGUUCAAAGACCCACACACGCACAAGACUAGAUGCUGUGUCAUGUAGCUCAGGCCCUGGCCCUGUCUACCCGUUACUCCCGUGCCUCAGUGUGUCUGUGUCUAAGGAGCCCAGUGGCCGUGUGUGUUCCCGCUCUGUCCCUGUCUGUGCCCACGGCUGUCCCUGGACCUCCUGCCAGUUCCGUCCUGCCCCUCCACCCCCUGCCCAGGCCUUUCCCUGGCCUGUGGACCACAGGUGGGUGUUUUUAACCACUGGGCCCAGGGCUUCAGCAGCGCUGCCCUCACCCUAACCUGUUUUCAGCACCUUUUGUUACCAGAUCCUGGGCCUUCAGGUGCUCUGGACUCUCAAGGCAAUAAAUCAGGAGCUGUG